GUGCGUUCGCGCACUCGUGCAUGGAGAAGUAGAAAAAUGCUAUGGCUGCCUCGACUGUGUCGCGCAAUGAGGAGGAGGAGUUGAAUGGGGAUUUGGAGUCUGAAGUUAGCAGUAUAUACCAGUGCGGUUCAGUGAUCUCCACUGUACCCGAUCGGCAUGGAUUCCUGGGUGGUUCACAAUACAGUCCUGAAAGGAAGCAAGCUAUACCACCUGAUGUGAUACUGCGGAGGGAGAGAAAAUGGAUACAGAUGUUGAACAACUGGAGUCUCUUUAUGACCACGAAUUAUCGCAAGGUUCGCGAGAGAUGUCGCAAGGGUAUACCACCGUCCGUGAGACUGCGCGCCUGGCUGAAUCUCUGUGGCGGUCAGCUCUUGAUGAACGAGAAUCCGAAUCUGUACGAGGAGCUGAUCAAGAGGCCGGGCGAUCCUAAGUAUAUAGAGGAUAUUAAGAAGGACCUUCAUCGUCAAUUUCCGCAUCAUGAGAUGUUCGUCGACAACGCACCAGGACAGCAGGAACUGUUCCAAGUUCUCAAAGCGUAUUCCAUUCUGAACAGCAAAGUAGGCUACUGCCAAGCCCAAGCGCCUAUUGCCGCGUUCCUGUUGAUGCACAUGCCGGCGGUACAGGCGUUCUGGUGUCUUGUCGCGAUAUGCGAUAAGUAUCUCAUCGGUUACUACAGUCAGGGCAUGGAAACAUUGCUGCGCGACGGAGAUAUUCUAUUCGCUCUUCUGAAGAGAGUUUCCCCUGUCGCAUAUAAGCAUCUAAAAAAGCAAAAAAUGGAGCCAAUUUUGUACAUGACGGAAUGGUUCUUGUGCGUUUACACGCGAACUUUACCAUGGGAAAGUAUUUUGCGCAUAUGGGACAUGUUCCUUUGCGAGGGCGUGAAAAUAAUCUUCAAGGUAGGCUUAGUAUUGUUGAAAGGCAGUCUAGGUCGUACGGCUCUUAUUAAGCGUUGCCCUACGACAUACGAAACCCUUCAAGUUCUAAGAAAUCCGCCCCAACAUAUCAUGGAGGAAGAGGCUUUGAUCUAUCAGAUUCAGAAAUUAAACUUAAGUGAAGAGGAUUUCGAGUAUGAGCAUCAGAGACAAAUAUUGAAAAGAAAAGCAGCGGAGAAAGAAACUGCCAAUCGGACUGAUUAACGAUUAAGUCGCUAGACGGAAAUACGGGGCGAAGUAUACAUUUAACGUAUAGUGUCCCAGUGUGUGCCUUCCCUACGUUCUUCUGAUACUGUAUAGAUUCUGCGAUUUGUUUAAAAAGUCUUUUUCACAUUAUAAAGUCGAGGUGGAUUUAGCGAAAUACAGGUAGGUAUGUAUACUCAAAGUAGAAAGUGAUGUUCAUUUAUUUCGCACACGCACACACGUAAUACACGUAACACGUCCACAUUCCCCGAGCAAUCGGAGUGCAUUAUUUAUCUCUACUUCCUUUGUUACUGUAGUACACAUACUACAACAGAGCACAACAUUUGUAGACUCGCAUAGUUCUAUUUAAUAGUAUUUUCUCAUCGACAUAUUUCUAGUUACUGAUCUUCAUGGUUAAUACUAUCAAUAUUUAUGUACAAAAAUUUAUCGCAUUUUUUAAAUAAAGUAUAGUAUAUGACAA